AGUAUAAAUUAUCUUGAAAAAGAAAAUGUUCACAAAAAUUACGUUGAAUAAGAGUGAGCAAUGGGCCUCUGAUAGGCCCAAAAGAAUCUCAAGAUACGUGGGGCCCACUUCUCUUCUUCCUUUUCUCUUUUUCCGCAAAACGAUUCAAAAACCCUCCACUCUGUAAUUUCACUGUUCACCCGUUCUCUCUCCCAUGGCUCAAUCUCUAUUUCUCUCUCUUCUCCUCUUCUCUCUCUUCCUCCCCCUUUCCUCCGCCGCCUACUCCAUCGGCGUCAACUAUGGCACCGUCGCCAACAACCUCCCUCCCCCUUCCCAGGUCGCCGCCUUCCUCAAAUCCCACACUUCCAUCGACCGCGUCAAGAUCUUUGACGCCAACCCCGAUAUCCUCCGUGCCUUCGCCGGUACCGGCAUCUUCCUCACCGUCUCCAUCGCGAACGGUGACAUUCCCGCCCUCGCCAAGGACCCCGCCGCUCAGGCAUGGGUCGCCAACAACAUUCUCCCCUUUCACCCCACCACUCUGAUCAACCACAUCGCCGUCGGAAACGAGAUCCUCGCCACCUCCGACAAGAAUCUAAUAGCGCACUUGCUCCCUGCAAUGAAGGCUAUACAUUCCGCUUUGAGGCACGCGAAUAUCUCUGAUAUCAAGGUCUCAACCCCGCAUUCGUUGGGAAUCUUGUCCGCGUCGGAGCCGCCGAGUACCGGUCGGUUCCGGCGAGGGUACGACCGGGCCAUUUUUGCUCCAAUCCUCGAGUUUCACAAUCAGACCAAGACGCCGUUCAUGGUAAAUCCAUACCCGUUCUUUGGUUUCAGACCAGCGACGUUGGAUUACGCGUUGUUCAAACCCAAUGCUGGAGUUUUCGACAACGCUACUGGAAAGCACUACACGAACAUGUUCGACGCGCAGCUAGACGCGGUUCAUUCAGCGAUGAAGAAAGUCGGUUACGGCGAUGUGGACAUCGUAGUUGCGGAGACCGGCUGGCCCUCCGCCGGCGACCCAAACCAGCCCGGCGUGAGCUUGGAGAAUGCCAUUUCUUACAACCGGAACCUCGUGAAGCAUGUAAACUCCGGGAAGGGGACGCCAUUGAUGCCGAACAGAACCUUCGAAACUUACAUCUUCUCUCUAUUCAACGAGAAUCUGAAACCAUCGACUUCUGAGAGAAACUACGGACUUUUCCAACCCGAUCUAACUCCGGUUUACGAUGUCGGAAUCCUCCGGAAUCCAUCGAUUUCUAGUGCAAGCCUGCUGUCCAAGGAGUCAUUGGGGCCCACGUCGCCAGUGGGGGCACCGGAACCGUCAGAUGUGGGGAGGAAAUGGUGCGUGCCGAAAACGGACGCUUCAGAUGAAGCGUUGCAGAAGAAUAUUGAUUACGUGUGUAGUAGUGGAGUGGACUGUGGGCCCAUACAAGAAGGUGGGGCCUGCUACGACCCGAAUACAGUGCGGUCACAUGCAUCGUACGCCAUGAACGCUUAUUUUCAAACCGCUGGCCGCCAUGAUUUUAACUGCGAUUUUAACCACACCGCCAUCCUCACCUCCACCGACCCCAGUUACGAGACCUGCAGUUACCCGUUCGAUGCAGAAAAGUUAACGAAGUCGGUUGCGUCUGCGGCGGCGAUGAGCUGUAGGGCGGUGGGGGCGGUGGCGCGGGCAUCUAUUGCGGUGGUAGCUGGCGCUGUUUUAUUAAUUUAAAAGAAAAGUGGGAUUAUGGAUUUUUAGGAAAAAGGAAAAGGGACCGUUGGGGUUAGUGCUUUUUGGAGUUCAUAGGAAUUACAUGUAAUAUUUAAUGCCAUUGCUUUUGUAUUUAUAAUAUUGCUUAAUUAACAUUUUUCGUCCAUGAACUAUAGUUUAUAACCA